AUUCAAAUUAAAAGUAAAAAAUGAAUAAAAUAAUUGUAAUUCUUAUAAAUAAUUUCACCGCUUGACAUCCGGUGACAAUACUGAGGAUUCAAAAUUAAAUUUGUGAUGAUCAGUUGAAUUUAAAUGAUGUGGCUCAAAAAAUGAAUAAAUUUUGAAUUUAAAAUAAUUAUGACACUCCCGCCUCUUUUCAAUUCAAAAUUUCCAUCUUUCAUAAAAAAUUAUCCAGCAAAAGACGUCCAAGUUUAUUGGUACUGUCCUAAAUUUUCCCAGAGCCGCUACCCACCUGGACAAUCAACCAGCGAAGCCUGCACUCUGAUAUGUCUUCUGGUCGCUCAGAGAAUUUGUCACUCGAGAUUGCAGCUCUGGAGUAUAGAAAAGUCUCCUCGGCUGAUGAUUUUCGUAGCAGAAUCAAUAAUCGAAGGCAACAAAACUCAUGCCAGGAUAAUAGAACAGGCUCUGGUUGCUCAUCGAUACCUGAGUGCUGAUGAAGCUCUAAAAUUUGGUGGGAAUCGUCUGGCAACUCUUGAAGAAUGGAAGUUUAGGAUUUUUAAAGAAGACAUUGACAUGCUGCAUUUGAAUAUUAGAAAAUUUCUUGAGGACUGGUACAGAAAACCCAAGGCUGAUAAUUUGAUAAUGUUACUUAUCACGGGUGGACGCACUGUGCUUUUUUUGUUCCAAGAGAUUACUGAUAAAAUAAUUCUGUUUGAUUCACAUGGACACAUUUGUUCUGGAAAUAUUCAUCGGGGUUUAGUCAUUGCACAGGCAAAAAUGGCAAAUCUCCAGAAUCUUUGCACCUGGUUUAUCAAUGACGUUUUGAACAACUGCUUCAACUUAAAACCCAGUCAGUAUGAACUUACAUUUCUUUACUAUAAUUGUCACCACCACCUGUAG